AUGACGCCCACCAAAAAACGCCUCGAAAAAGAGUACCACAGCCUGCGCAAAACCCCCGCGGACGGCUACCACGUCGAACUAAAACACGGCGACAUCUUCGAAUGGACAGGCACCCUCCACGGCCUCGAGAACUCACCCUACGAAGGCGGAAGCUUCAACUUCCACAUCCAAUUCACCGACGAAUAUCCAGAGGCACCACCCAAACUAAACUUCACAACGAAAAUCUACCAUCCUAAUGUGGACGGAAGAACCGGGGUCGUGAGCUGGAGGAUGCUAGGUGAAGAUUGGCAUCACAACAAUACAAUGGAGAAGGUGCUGAUGAGUUUGAGGACAUUGUUGGAUCAUCCGGAGUUGGAGAGCGCGGUCGAGGUGAAGAUUGCGAACGAGUAUGCGAAUGAGAGGGGGAAGUUUGAGAAACAUGCGAAGGAGUGGACGGGGAGGUGUGCGAAGGAAGGGGCUGCGUCGACUGGCUUUACGUAG